AGGUGAGUAUAGUAAAUUACUUUUAAUAAUAGAAAGGGCUGUACAAAAAGUCCACCUAUGUAUCAUAAUAUUAUCAAUACUUAAUUUAAUGGAAACCCCGAGCUCUCGAAACGGAGUGAGUAUAAAUGGGAAGUCCCUUCCUCCAACCUUGAUUUGAUCAGGUUGUCACAAGCUCUCAACAAUCCACACAAUAUUCACUAAAAGCCAAAUCAUUUACUCUUACUUUUCUUCCUUCCAGAAUGAGCGGGUGGCUGAGAGGGCCCAAGUCUCCAAGGGCCAAGCAGAUGUUAAAACUGGAAGCACCAGCGCUUAUCAGAUCAAAACAUGUUGCCCCGUUCGCACUUAACCAGGUCUCCGAGAAUCCAUCACUUAUCAACAUUCCAGCUCCCGAGGAUGGAGUUCUCCCAGAUAUAUCCCAUCCUGCGGGAGCCCUGACGGCGGACUCCAGAAUCCGAGCCAUCCGUCUCAUUGACGAGAUCGAUAGGUGGUACGUUCAGAACAGAGGAGACGAAGCCGCCGUGAUCGGGAAAAUCAAGGGCCGUCUUAAAGGUGAUAGGUCGGAAGCGUGGCUGAAGUCUCUCACAACACGCAACCCAAACCCACUGACUGUAAACAAGAUCCGUCAACGACUAUUCAAAGAUUUUCGUGUGGAGAAAUGGAAGGAGCUGAUGGAACUUCGCUACGGAGAAGGGGCUUCUCAUGAGGGUCAGUCAUACCUCUCGGUUGCAAACGGUGGUCGAAUGCCGGAGUACUUCUUCGGAAGAGAGUUCAAGUUGAAGUUGGACUACAUCGAAGAUAUAGAGAAACUCAGGGAGCAAGUGAGGGCUAAGAACCGUGAGAUUAUGUUACUCGAGUCCAGAAUUCGGGGAGUCGAGGAGGCAAGAAAGGCAGCCGAGAAGAAAAACGAGAUGCAGUUUGAGAUGUCCUCGGAAGCGCUCGCCAGGGUUGCUGAGAUUGUCAUCAACAGCGUUUCCGGGGUAGAGAACAAGAAGUCGGAGGAGCUGGAGAGGCGAAGGGGAGAAGAAGACAAUAGGUAUCACAUUAUGGCUAACCACGUCAUCACAAUGGGGGAAGAGGUCGACAAGCUUCGCGAUCUCGUUCAAAAAUUGCAGAGAGAGGGCUCGAGUGGCAUACCGACUGCUGUGAGUAUGUAGCCAUUAUUGGAUUUGGCCAUCCCCCGGCCGAUUUUUGGAAGCCCCGCCAUAAUUAACCCUUAUUCUAACAUUCGGCACCCAAACCAGACAGCUCCACCACAACGCCAAGGAAGCUGCCAGGGGUGGAACCAUAUAUGGCAGGAUCCAUUGCUUCCCCCACCCCCUGUAACACUUAUUCCCUAUUAUCCCAUAGAAAUUACGGAUCUCCACUAACUCUCGACCUAGUAAGCCUAGCAAUGAAGGAUAUUGGGAUGAAUCUCCUCGAAGAGCGUGAUGGGUACGCCGAAGAAGAGAAGGCCCUUAAAGCCCGCUUAGAACGCUACCAAGGAGGUGGUCCAAUAUAUCUCGUCAAGGAAGAUCCACCGUCAGACAAGGAUAUGGCCCGCGCUACCGGGAGUGCUUCGCGCAAUGUUUCCCCACCACCCGUAGCCAGGGGACUCGAAGCAGAAAUAGCGGAACUCCUCGGGGAGGCAGAUGGAGACGGAGGAUGCGGCGGCUUGUUGGAAGAGGAGGCAUGGAGAUGGUCGUGAACUCCAGAAACUCUGGAAUCGCAGGGUCCGACUCCUGCAAGUUUCAGAAGGCCGAAGGAAGGUUUCCUAAAGCUUUACCUCAAGGUUGGGGAUGAAUGGAAGGCCCAUGGAGCACAGCUACCUCUUAUUUCGAUCAUUGUGCGGCCAAUUGCGCCCCCUUUUUUUUCUUACAUUGUUUUUAUCACAAUUUAAUUGCUUACCC